AUGCUCCACUCUAGGGCUUUAUCUUCCCUCGCCCGCGCCCCCGACCUCAACCACACCGAUCCAAGGAUAUCCAAGGAUCACCAUCGGAAGGGUGGCCGAGUUGGUUAUGGCGCCAGGUUAAGGUCAGCUUAA